UUGAUCCUUUCUUUCUUUCUUUUUUUUUAUUUUUUUUUUUUAUUUUGUCUUACUUAGGUUUACCGAACAACAAAGCAAAAAAGGAACGACAAUCUGAAAUUCCGUCUUUUGCUAUUUCUUCUACUUCUUCUUCACCACCUAUUUCUACCACAUCAACCACUUCAGCAACUUCUACUUCUUCUAUUACUCCUACAAUGGCCACUGCAACUUCAACUCAAGUUCAACCUUCAUUCAAUUUACCUUUUGUACCUUCACCGGCAAAAAAAGGCUGGAGUUCUUCUAUCUAUGCCCAGAUUCAACAACAACAAGAACUCAAAACUAGAGUUGAAACCUUGGAAUCACAACUGAGACGUGAUCAACAUCUCUUUGAAAAACAACGAUCAGUUUUAUUACAAGAGAUCAAGAUGAAAGACACGUUAUUACUUGAAAAGGACCAACAAUGGGAAUCCCGAUGGACAACAAAGGUUCAACAAUUAGAAGAACAAUUAGAUCAAGAACGACAAAAGCAUGAAAAUGAUAUUUUGGACUGGAAAAAACGAUAUGAGGAAGCUCUUGAUAUUGAACAACAAAAGCAUCAUCGACGACUUGCUUAUUUUCAUGAACGAUUGACAGCUAAAAAUAUGGAAUACGCUGAAUUAGAACGACAGCUUACGACACAAAGUGCACCUUCCUCACCCACACAACCUUAUUAUAAUUCAUUACAAGAACAAUCACCACGAUAUCAACGUUCUGCCUCUUUGGACGCCACUGCUAUGGGUACUGGUUGGAUGAAUCGACCAAUAAUGAGGAUGGUAAGAUCAGCGACAAGAAGGACAAGUGGAAGUAUAUACCAACAACAAUUACAGAGACAAAACGAUGAUGAUGAUGUAAUCCAUAAAAAUGAUAUGUAUAUCAAGGAAAUUCAAGAUUUGACUUUACGACAUCAAGCAUCGUUGGAUAACAUGAUGGCGGAAUAUGAAGAGAACAGGAUGGAACUUCAGGCGCAACAUGAUCAAGAAAGAGAAGUAUGGAAAAUUAAACAUACUGCUGAAUUGGAAGAAGCAUGUAAACGAUUGGCUCAAGAACAUGAAAUGAUAUUAGAGGGAAUCAAUACUUCAUGGCAACAAAGGUGGGAUAAUCUCAUGACACAAAACAAGAUGGAACAAGCAGCUCUAGAACAAAAAUGGGAUCAACGAUUGAAAUCUGAAAAGGCUUCAUGGCAAGAACAACAAAAGAAAGAAUAUGCAGGUCUAAAGAAAGAACUCUUGUGGUCCAAAGGGGAAUUAUCCAUGGUAAAUAAUAAUAAUAAUAAAGGAAUAUAUAUUGUUCAUUCAUUCAUUUGUUUUUUUUUCUUCAAUAGGUACUCAAGGAACAUGAAAAUGCAACACGUUUAGCCAAAGAAUUGAAUUUGGUCAUUGAUCAUACUAUUGAUCCAGAUGAACUAUUGAAAUAUACUCUAACUGGUUUAUUGGAAACUGGCAUUCAAAAUGCAGCAAGAUUACACUCCCAACAAUAUCUUGAUGAAAAAGUAAGUUUUUUUUU